CGGGCGAGGAGGGCCCCUGGGACCUGUAUCCUGUCGAGAAGAACCUGAAGAUGGCAUGACAGGAAUUGGCUUUGUGCAACCCGCUCUCGCACAAGACAGUGCAUAUAUGACUUGUUGCUUAUAGUCACUAUUUCGCUUAUAAAUAAAGUCAAACGUACAUCAAAAAAGCAGCACAGCCACAACCCAAAUCUGGAUCUUCAAGAAGGAUGGCGGUGGGACUCAGCACAGUCUAGUAAACGGGAGUGUGACGCCCCUUCCGUGAUUAUCAAGGCACCAUGGUAGACCACAAGCAGUGUGCUAUAGUUACCACUGUGUUUCUCCCCCACACCCGUCUGCGGUCGCUGGAUUGAAUACCCACUUCACCCUGGCCAUAUAAACAAUGAUGCCCAGCUCUCGGCGCCAAGUUGUGCAACUGACUCGCUGACGAACGCUCCAUUCUCAUGACCCUCUCGUAGACUUUUGAUCUAAUUGAUUUGGAGAGGCGCAUUUAAAAUAUUAGGCUAGAGCUUUUUGCCAGCGGGGCUUUAACAUCAACGCAAAACUUUCUGACUUGUGUUUAGACCUACCGUACAUGCCCGUCGGAUGAUAUUCCUGCUACACUCAACGUACCUCCAGUAGCUCCGAACUAUGUGGGUGAAGGUGUUCAUGUGCUCGGUGGCGGCGCAAGCCAUCGUUCCUGCCUUCGUCGAUGGCCGAGUUGUCCUUCCUGGUAGUGGUCAGGGAGACGGAGCUCCAAGGGUGUUACCUCCUGCUUUCCCAGGUCGUUUUCAGCAGGAGACUCACAGCAAGGACCCGCAGCGCCAUACACCGGUCGCCACCCACGCACGACCCAAUGGAAACACGGUGAUCAUUUGCGCCAUGUGUCCUCAGCCUCAGGACAUCUACCCGUGCACGACAGGUAAUCCGUUCGCGUGCGAUGUCCACUUCUGCUGGAUCGCCACGAACACGACGGUCGCCGACAGCUUCGACGACUUCCGCUGUCCGAACCUCAACAACACACCUAUUGACGUUAUUGUUCCCCAGUGCUCGUCCCAGACCCUGAACAUCUCCGCCCUUGAAGGAGGCGCUGAAGAAGACGGGAAACACCCAAGAGGGGCAGUAUCUACACCACAUCUACACAGAGGGGUGGUAUCUACACCACUCCAGCGCCGCCACAGCCACCUGACGAGGCCUAAGCCAUACCUUAAAGUCCUCCCUCAGGGAAUCAUGGUGCAAAGACGAAAGACGCCUGUAGCCAACAGGACUUCCAGGACAAACCACUAAAGGAUUCCGCUAAGCGGCAAGAAGCCUAAAUAUUUUAAAUGCACCCGGAUUGGAAGGACAGAUUUUUUUGUAUUUAAGUGCACUGCGUGUUAGGCUCUGGGUAGAGUUUGUUUGUGUGUUGAACAGAAGUCCAGCGGUCAUUACACCAGCAGGAGCUCUCUCUGGGUGCUCCUGCUGGCGUGCCUUCUGCUUCCCACGACAUUUUCAACAAUUUGUCGAUGAUUACAGAGAUAUUACGGCAAGCAGUCUGACGUUUCCUGUUCAGAUUCACACGAAAAAUUUUGUUCAAGAAAAUAUAGAUUCUUCCUUCU